CUCUCUCUCUCUCUCCUCUCAAUAAUGUCAUAACAACACCGCGAGGGGAGACAGAGGGUGCUGAAGCACUUGGCGAUCCCCCUCUGCUCUCGCCACCAUCCAUCUCUCCCUCCCUCUUUCUCUCUCUAGCGCGCGCUCUCUCUCUAGCUCGAGCUCGAGCCGUUUCGCCGCCGCGCGAAGCGCCCGACGCCGAUUCCAUCCCGCCCCGCGCGCCGGCGACGAUCCAAAUGCGGCCUCCCUCGAUCCGCCCCGUCGCCAAUCCGCAAUAGUCCCCCGCCGGCGCCGGCGCCGCUGCUGAUUGGCCUCCUCCUCGGCGUGAAUCUCCGGCCCCCCCGCCGGCGCGCCGGCUUCCGGCGGCUGCUGCUGCUGCUGCUGCUGCUUCUGCUUCCUCCUCGUCAUCUUCCUCUUCUCCGGUUUUUUGUUUUCUUCCUGUUUCUCCCGGCCCUGCUCCUGCCUUGAAUCCGCCGCGAGCUUCCUUCCCUCCCCCGGCGGCGGAUCGAUUCCCGAUGGCUGCGUCCACGGUCGCGUCGCCGCUCUGCACGUGGCUCGUCGCGGCUUGCAUGUCGGUGUCGUGCGAGAGGGACGGCGCGGCGAAGAGGCCGGCUUCGUGCGGGUUCUCGGGGAGGAGGAGGCGGAGGCUUCCCGUGCCGGAAUGUAGUCGCGGCGGCGGCGGCGGUGGGAGCGCCUCGUCGUUCGGCCUGGUGAGCUCUUGCCUGGCCUUCGAGCCCUGCAGCGAGUUUUACAGCUCGCGAGCGGCGUCGUCCUUGGGAUUCUUCGGCGAGAGUGGAUUCGCAUCGCUUUUCGGAUCGAGGAAUCGCCAGAUGAAUCGAAGGCAGAGGCGUCUGAAUCGCGCCCCCGGUUCAGGUGAAGUCAUGGCUGUGGCAGUGCAAGCUGCGCCAGAGUUUGUCACGAAGAAGAAACCUGUGACAAAGCAAAGACGUGUAGUUGUUACAGGGAUGGGCGUCGUAACCCCACUUGGUCAUGAUGUGGACACUUUCUAUAACAAUUUGCUUGAAGGUGUUAGUGGCAUAAGUGAGAUAGAGACCUUCGACUGUUCUGAGUUUCCGACGAGGAUUGCUGGGGAAAUCAAAUCAUUUUCAACGGAUGGAUGGAUAUCACCAAAACUUUCUAAAAGGAUGGAUAAAUUCAUGCUUUACAUGCUCACUGCCGGAAAGAAGGCCUUAGCAGAUGGUGGAAUCACAGAAGACGUAAUGAAUGAGUUAGACAAAACUAGAAGUGGCGUUCUGAUUGGCUCCGCAAUGGGGGGCAUGAAGGUAUUUAAUGAUGCCAUUGAAGCUUUGAGGAUUUCAUAUAGAAAGAUGAAUCCCUUUUGUGUACCUUUCGCUACUACAAACAUGGGAUCUGCUAUGCUUGCAAUGGAUCUGGGAUGGAUGGGACCGAAUUACUCAAUAUCUACAGCAUGUGCGACAAGCAACUUUUGUAUAUUGAAUGCAGCAAACCAUAUAAUAAGAGGCGAAGCUGAUGUCAUGCUUUGUGGUGGUUCUGAUGCAGCAAUAAUUCCUAUAGGUUUGGGAGGUUUUGUUGCUUGUCGAGCACUAUCGCAAAGGAAUGAUGAUCCCACCAAAGCUUCCCGACCAUGGGAUAUGAAUCGUGAUGGAUUUGUCAUGGGAGAAGGAGCUGGUGUGCUGCUCUUAGAGGAAUUAGAGCAUGCUAAGGAGAGGGGUGCGGAUAUCUAUGCAGAGUUUCUUGGUGGAAGUUUUACUUGUGAUGCCCAUCACAUAACUGAGCCUCGCCCAGAUGGGGUUGGCAUCAUUCUGUGCAUAGAGAAUGCCCUAGCUCAGGCUGGGGUGUCCAAGGAAGAUGUAAAUUACAUCAAUGCUCAUGCUACAUCCACUAUGGCGGGAGACAUUAUGGAGUACCAAGCUCUUACUCGUUGCUUUGGCAAGAAUACAGAGUUGAGAGUGAACUCUACGAAGUCUAUGAUUGGUCACCUCCUUGGAGCAGCUGGUGCAGUAGAAGCUGUUGCAGCAGUUCAGGCAAUAAGGACAGGGUGGGUCCAUCCAAAUGUUAACCUGGAAUCACCAGCUGAUGGAGUGGACACGAGUGUGCUAGUCGGUCCAACAAAGGAGAGAGUGGAUGUCAAGGUUGCCUUAUCUAAUUCAUUCGGUUUUGGUGGCCACAACUCCUCGAUCUUAUUUGCUCCUUACAAAUAAUUUGGCUACUCCAAGUACCUUCGAUAUUUCUAGAGCUACCGCGGCCAAAUGGCAUCUCAUAGGCGCGCUACUUCCUGGCUGAUCGGUCGCACGUGGUCAUGUAUAAUUUGCUCGGUACAGCUGGGGGAUGCAGCAAAAGCCUUUACAGCCAUCUGUAGCAUGAGGUCGAUACUCAGGAUUCGCUAAUUGCUCAAUACUUUUCUGCUAUCAUUUUUCGCUAGAAUUAUUUGUUUCUAGUCAUCGGUGUUAGCCAUAGCGGGCCUUCAUUAGAGCCCACCGAACCACAGCAAGCCCGCAAUCAUUUAGCGCCGCUGUACAAGUAGAUGGCUCCUCAAAAAAUGUUUCACCUACUCGGUUUUUCAGUAACGGAUCAGAUACUUAGCUGUUAGUCGAUUUUUGCUGAAGUUUUCAUGACGACCUCGGACAAAUUUUGUCGUUUGAUGAGGCAACUAGCGACUCCAUCGUUGAGCGGGUUCU